AUGUCUCACAUCUCCCCCCAUCCAUUCCCCACUGGAGCAGUGACACCUUCAUCCCCUCAGUGGCUCCCGCCAGAGUCCCAAGCUUACCCACCGCUCCGCAUCCCAUCUCUGGGCAUAGGCGAGGCUGACGGCUCCUUCUGCAACAAAGGUCUCGGAUCCGUUCCUUUGCUGCCAUCACUGAUGUCAUCCCCGCCCCAGCUGCACCCCAGAGUUCAACCUUUGUGGCUCUCCUGCUUAAAACCCUGCAGCGCCUCCUUGUUCACCUAGAAUCAGAUCCAGACCCCAUGGGCCCCUGUCCCUCCACCUGCGUCGUGUGGUGUUCUUGCUCGUGGGGGUCUGUCCAUCGGCUGUGCCCGUGGGCUUUCGAUGUGGUCUUUCUGCUGCCUGCAGGCCUCCACUCACCUACCCACACAGGCAGCCUCCUUUCCUCCAGGGAGGCCCCGCAGGAUGAUCUUCUCUGUGUCCUGUGUAACACACACCAGGGAGCUGACCAGCACAGGGGAGGCCCACCUGCAGAUGGAGGGAGGCUUCCCCGCACUGGCGCAAGGAACCUCCUGAGAGGUAGUGAGCUCUCUAUUACCGCAGGUGUCCAAGAUGAGGCCAAAUCAUCAUCAUCAGGAAAGCCAGGCAGCACGUCUCUGUGGUUGGGAGAUACUUUCUAAGGCCCUGCUGAACUCCAAGAGGCCAUAAGAAGCAUAUAGUCUUCUAAACAGAAAAGCGUUAACUCUAGCACUCUCUGGAGCCCCUCCCACCACACACGGUCCCCAGCAGGUGCACAGCCUCAAACAGCACCACUGGGUGGGGGCUGAGUACCAAGAAGUGUGGUGACCUGCCCAGGGUUGAAAACCUUUCUUAGUUCAAUACUGUUGCCCAGAUUGUUCCCCACAAAAUCGCAAAAGAAGUUAAGAGGUUCCUGGCCGGGCGCGGUGGCUCAUGCCUGUAAUCCCAGCACUUUGAGAGGCCGAGGCAGGCAGAUCACAAGGUCAGCAGUUUGAGACCAUCCUGGCCAACAUGGUGAAACCACAUCUCCACUAAAAAUACAGAAAUCAGCCGGGCGUGGUGGCACACUCCUGUAGUCCUAGCUACUCUGGAGACUGAGGCAGGAGAAUGGCUUGAACCCGGGAGGGGGAGGUUGCAGUGAGCAGAGAUCGCACCAUUGCGCUCCAGCCUGGGCGACAAAGUGAGACUCCAUCUCAAAAAAAAAAAAAAGGAGGUUCCUCUGUUCCUUAAGACAUUCUCGUGUUAUUUUCUAAAACCCAUUCGGAAAGUUAUUUCUGAGCUGUUGAAGGCUGUGUGUGCUUGGACUCCUGAGCUUUUGCUGGGGAUGCUCAGCUCGGACUGGGGGCAUGGUCAGCUGGCAGAGUGUUGGGGACCCAGGUCCAUGUCCGAAACCCUCCAUAGCAGUGACCUGGGCACCUGCAGAUCACUGAGUCUGUGCAGAAACCUGGCAGUGGAUCCACCGGGGCCUGAGCACAUGACUCUUGCCUUUCCUCCCUCACCUGGAAGUCACAGGGAAGAUCGAGGUCGUUUUAGUCACUUACAGACUUAGGGAGCACCCACUGUGCAACUCAGUCACAGCUCAGCCCAGCUAAGCACUGCAAAGCCCCAGGACUGUGCUUGGUUCUGCGAUGUGGAAGGAAGACUCUAGUUGGGAUGCAUGCAGCUCAGAGGAAGGAAUGGGCUUAGGUAAAUAAGUCUUGGACGCUGAGAAGAGACAGGGGAGGGGGUCCUGUUUCAGGUAACCCCUCUCCCAAAAUGCCAACAUAAGCAAAAGGCAAGGAGCUGGUGAUUCAGUUACUCAUUCAGUAAAUCACUUUGAAGGCUGGGCGUGGUGGCUUACGCCUGUAAUCCCAGCACUUUGGGAGGCUGAGGCGGACGGAUCACCUGAGUUCAGGAGUUUGAGACCAGCCUGACCAACAUAGAGAAACCCUGUCUCUACUAAAAAUACAAAAUUAGCCGGGCGUGGUGGCGCACGCCUGUAAUCCCAGCUACUCAGGAAGCUGAGGCAGGCAAAUCGCUUGAACCCAGGAGGCGGAGGUUGCGGUGAGCCGAGAUCGCGCCAUGGCACUCUAGCCUGGGCAACAAGAGCGAAACUCCGUCUCAAAAAACAAAACCGUAGAUCACAUUGAGCAGCUAUCACCAGCCCAGCCCCACAGUACUGGUGCCCAGCAUGUAAGUGAGUAGACAAGGCUCUUGCCCUUUAGGAGUUCACACUAUGUGCCAGUGAUAUGGAGAGUAAGUGGUUCAGAGUCCAUAGUGCUCACAGGACUCCCCCUUAGCCCUCACAGGAUACCCCCGCAACUGUACACAUGGGAGCAUCAUGGAAAUGAGUGCAGUGCAGCCUGCUUGUGAGAUGAGGGGUCCAGCUUGAGAGGGGCCAGCAGGGCUGUGGGGUGACAAGGGGUCUGGCUUGAGAGGGGCUGGGCAGGACUGUGGGGUGACUAGAGUGUACAGGUCAGCUUAGGAAAGGGCCUGGCUCCGCCUUCUCAGCUCUUGAAAACUCACCUCUUGGGCUGGGCGCAGUGGCUCCUGCCUAUAAUCCAGCACUUUAGGAGGUUGAGGCAGGAGGAUCACUUGAGGCCAGGUGUUCCAGACUAGCCUAGGAAACAUAGUGAGACCCUGUCUCUACCAAAAUUAAAAAUAAAUUAGCCAGGUGUGGUGGCAUGCACCUGUAGUUAUAGCUACUCAGGAGGCUGGAGGAUUGCUUGAGCCCAGGAAUUCGAGGCUGUAGUGAGCCAUGAUCACCACUGCACUCCAGCCUGGGUUACAGCAAGAACCUGUCUCAAAACAAAAUUUAAAAAAAAAAAAAAAAAAAAGGCUAGGCGUGCUGGCUCAUGCCUGUAAUCCUAGCACUUUGGAAGCCCACAGUGGGAGGAGCACUUGAGCCCAGGAGUUCUAGACCAGCCUGGUCAAUAUAGCAAAAUCCACAUCUCUACAAAAAAUACAAAAUGAGGCCGGGCGCAGUGGCUCAUGCCUAUAAUCUUAGCACUUUGGGAGGCUGAGGCAGGCGGAUUGCACGAGCUCAGAAGUUCGAGACCAGCCUGGGCAACAUGGUGAAACCCUGUCUCUACUAAAAAUACAAAAAAUUAGCCGGGCAUUGUAUGCCUGUAAUCCCAGCUACUCUGGAGGCUGAGUUAGGAGAAUUGCUUGAACCCGGGAGGUGGAGGUUGCAGUGAGCUGAGAUCAUGCCACUGCACUCCAGCCUGGGUGACAGAGCUGGAGUGCAGCUCUCAAAAAGGAAAAAAAAAAAAAAAAGAGCCAGGCAUGGUGGCACAAACCUGUAGUCUCAGCUACUUGGGAGGCUGAGGUGGGAGAACUGCUUGAGUCCAGGCGUUGGAGGUUGACCCUGUCUGUUAAAAAACAAAAAACAAGCCAGGCGUGGUGGCUCACGCCUGUAAUCCCAGCACUUUAGGAGGCUGAGGCGGGCGGAUCACAAGGUCAGGAGAUCGAGACCAUUCUGGCUAACACGGUGAAACCCCGUCUCUACUGAAAAAAAAAAAAAAAAAAAAGCAUUAGCCAGGCAUGGUGGUGGGCACCUGUAGUCCCAGCUACUUGGGAGGCUGAGGCAGGAGAAUGGUGUGAACCCAGGAGGCGGAGUUUGCAGUGAGCCAAGAUUGUGCCACUGCACUCCAGCCUGAGCAACAGGGCAAGACUCUGUCUCAAGAAAAAAAAAAAACAAAACAAGGCUGGGCAUGGUGGCUCAUGCCUGUAUCCCAACACUUUGGGAAGCCAAGGCAGGCGGAUCACCUGAGGUCAGGAGUUUGAGACCACCAGCCUGGCCAACAUGGUGAAACCCCAUCUCCACUAAAAAUAUAAAAAAUUAGCCAGGCAUUGUGGCACGCCUGUAAUCCCAGCUAUCUGGAGGCUGAGGCAAGAGAAUCGCUUGAACCUGGGAGGCAAAGGUUGCAGUGAGCGGAGAUCACGCCACUGCACUCCAGGCUGGGUGACAGAGUGAGACUCUGUCUCAGGACAAACAAAAAAAGACAAAAAUUUUUUUUCUAUUGGAAAAUUUACCUCUCAACACCCCAGCUCCCUCAGAGGUCUCUGGAGUGAACUCUGGUCAGUUAGAAUACCACUUUCACUCUGGCAGCCAUGCCCUCCCAGGCAGCAGUGCCCAUACUCUGCAGUCUUAGGACACUUUUGUAGUUUUAAAAAUUAUUGGCCGGGCGCGGUGGCUCACGCCUGUAAUCCCAGCACUUUGGCAGGCCGAGGCAGGCGGAUCACAAGGUCAGGAGAUCGAGACCAUCCUGGCUAACACGGUGAAACCCCAUCUCUACUAAAAAUACAAAAAAUUAGCGGGGCAUGGUGGCGGGCGCCUGUAGUCCCAGCUACUCAGGAGGCUGAGGCAGGAGAAUGUCGUGAACCCGGGAGGCGGAGCUUGCAGUGAGCUGAGAUCGCGCCACUGUACUCCAGCCUGGGCAACAGAGCCAGACUCCGUCUCAAAAAAAAAAAAAAUUAUUGAGGACCCCAAAGAGUUUUUUUUUUUUUUAAUAUUGGUUAUAUCUAUCAAUGUUUACCAGGAGUAAAACCAAGGAAAUUAGCUGGGCGUGGUAGCACAGGCUUGUAGUUCUAGCUGCUUGGAAGGCUGAGUCCAGGAGUUUGAGACCAGCUUGGGCAGCAUAGCAAGACCCAAUCUCUACACAGCAGUGUAAAAGUCGGCCAUGUGUGGGGGCGCACGCCUGUAGCACAACAGUGUAAAAAUCGGCCAUGUGUGGGGGCGCACGCCUGUAGUCCCAGCUACUCAGGAGGCUGAGGUGGAAGGUUUGCUUGAGCCCAGGAGGUCGAGACUGCAAUGAGCUGUGUUCGCACCACUGCACUCCAGCCUGGGUGACAGUGAGACCUUGUCUUAAAAAACAUUUUUGAGAGUUAGAAGGGCUGGGCGCGGUGGCUCACACCUGUAAUCCUAGCACUUUGGGAGGCCAAGGCAGGUGGAUCACGAGGUUAGAAGUUUGAGACCAGUCUGGCCAAUAUGGUGAAGCCCUGUCUCUACUAAAAAAUACAAAAAUGGUAGCCGGGCAUGGUGGCAUGCACCCUUAGUCCCAGCUACUCAGGAGGCUGAGGCAGGAGAAUCGCUUGAACCCGGGAGAUGGCGUUUGCAGUGAGCUGAGAUCACGUCAGUGCACUCCAGCCUGGUGACAGAGCAAGACCCCGUCUCAAAAAAUAAAUAAAUAAUAAAAAGUCCGACCAAAUGGAAAACAGCUGGAUUCUCAUCAGCACUGCAUUCAGCCCUCCAGGACAGGACACACCGCGGCUUCUGGGAGCCAUGCUGGACCUGAGGGUGAAGAUGAGAGAGGAGGCUCUCACACGGGAGAAGGGCUGUGACCCCUGGGAUCCCAGGGUGGCCCGGCCAUACCUUGAGAACUGCUCCCUGCAUGUGCCUUCUCCAAACCAAGCUCCCAACCCCAGUCUUCCUCCGGGUGACUGGUGACCAGGAGCAGGGACCUGUGCAGGGCUCAGGCGAAAAGGGCAAGACCCUCAUGGAACCCCGAGCAGGGCACAGCCUGGCCUGGGAGGCCUUCUUGCCCUGAAGAUCAGCUCCAUUUGUCCCCUUACCUUGGCGUGGCCAACCCUGGGUGGCCUGACCCCUGGCUUAGUACUCAGCUUCAGGCUGUACCUGGGCCCCAGGGACACUCUCAAAAAGGAUGAGCCUGAGAAUGUGGCUUUCCCUGGUCAGACAUGCUGAGGGCCCCCUGGGCAUGGGCACAGAGCUCAGAGGCCACAGGCUCCUGUGACUGGCAGACCAGGUGCAGAGUCCUGACCCCAGGCAGAAGGUACCCGCCUUUUCUCAGCCCUCCUCAGUGCAGACACAUGAAGGCUCAGGCUGAGUGGCCCUAUAUCUCCAGCCCCUCAUGGAGCUAUCCUGAGGCACCCCUGUGGGUCCAGCCUACUCCCAGCUUCCUCCCUCGUCCUCCUCCUGACCACUCCUUGGUGCCUGUUUAGCUCCCCUCCACCCACCUGUUCUGGUAAACCUCAGACACCUCUUCACACAUUCCACAAACACUGUAUUUGGGGAGGGUCUGUUCUGUGCCAGGUGCUGGGAGGCAAAAGUAACCAGGACAGGGUCCUUAGAGAGACUUACUCUGCAUCGGAAGAGACAAAGCAGGACCACGGUAGCAAGCCCAGAGCAAACAGAAGAGCAGAGCUAUUUUCACAGAGCAAGCUGGGCGUGGCUCACGCCUGCACUCCCAGCACUUCAGGAGGCUCAGGCGGGAGGAUCGCUUGAGCCUAGAAGUUCGAGGCUGCAGUGAGCUGUGAUUGUGCCAUUGCGCUGCAGCCUGGGUGAGGGAACGAGACCCUGUCUCUCAAAAACAAAAUGGCAGAUGCUUUCAUCCAGGGCCCGGCUCCUCACUCUCUGGGGGCUCAGGGCACACCUUGGAAGAAGCCUUGUUAUAGCCUAAACCCAACUCAGUGGAGAAGCUGGGCAGAUGGGAUGAGGAGGGGACAGUGUGCAGAGGCCCUCCCGGCAGGCUUCAGGCAGCCCAGGAGACAUUGCAGGGCCCACUGGGAAUGGGGGCUCUGGGAGCUCCCUAGAGGGAAAGUGGUCCAUGUGUGCGUGGACCUACUGGGCUGGGCUCCCAGGCUCACCUGCCCCACCUGCCGCCUCUGUCAGCGCACACCUGUCUUCCAAGUCAUUCAGCGCCUGCUUAGCAUCAUGCUCUCCCCCACUGUCCACUCCUGGGGGUGCAGGGCUUGUCCGGCUGGGCGCUACAGGUGGGGCACAGGCCCUGGCAGGGGGAAGGUGGGUGAAGACUGCUGAGCAGGAUGGGGAGAGGGCCUGACAGCAAGCUGCCAUCGUGGGGCAGGGGUGCUUCUGGGCCUGCAUCUGAGCAAAGGCUGGGGGAGCAGCACGACCGGGGCCCUCUGGCUUGGCGGGUGGUGAGGGAGCUGGAGGACCAGCCAGGCAGGGCCCCGUGACCGUCCCAGGUGAGGGGGCCUCUGGCUUGGCGGGUGGUGAGGGAGAUGGAGGACCAGCCAGGUGGAGCCCCGUGACCAUCCCGGGUGAGGGGGCCUCUGGGUCUCUGAAGCACUAUCCUUCUGAUGCUGUGAACAGAUGUCCGGGUGGGUAGGGGCAGGGGGGCCCAACUGCAGUCUGGGCGAGAGGUGGUUGGGUGGCUGUGAGGACCAGGGGUGUGAGAAAGGGGUCAGGAAGCCCACCCAAUUGUGCUGGCCUCUUACUGAGAGGGGCCUGGGGAGGUGGGAGUAGAGAAGCCUCUGGCCGGCAGGGGAGUUGCCCGGGGCCUGGUGCCUGGAGGUCAGAGAUAGGAGCGGGUCAGCAAGGAGCCAGACAUCAUAGCCAGAGAAGAUGGUGUGGGGAGGAUGCAGCAUGCUGUCGGAACACAGAGAAGAUGGUGUGGGGAGGAUGCAGCAUGCUCUCAGAACACAGAGAAGAUGGUGUGGGGAGGAUGCAGCAUGCUGUCGGAACACAGAGAAGAUGGUGUGGGGAGGAUGCAGCAUGCUGUCGGAACACAGAGAAGAUGGUGUGGGGAGGAUGCAGCAUGCUGUUGGAACAGGGAGCAGGGGGCGAGCCAGUACCAUGGGCACUGACCUGCGCCCCACAGACAGACGCUGCAGCUGCUGGGACGGUCACAGUCCAGCAGAUGCUAUCGAGGGGUGUCGCCUCCUCGGGCAGAUGGUGUCACCAAGCACUCUGUCUUCCUCUGCAGCUGGUGUAUCCGAAUGACUUCCGGCUCACAGACAAGGAGAAAAGCAGCAUCUGCUACCUGUCUUUUCCCGACUCGCACUCAGGCUGCCUUGGAGACACUCAGUUCAGCUUCCGCAUGCGCCAGUGUGGAGGGCAGAGGAGCCCCUGGCAUGCCGACGACAGGCACUACAACAGCAGGGCCCCUGUGGCACUGCAGAGGGAGCCGGCACACUACUUCGGCUACGUGUACUUCAGGCAGGUGAAGGACAGCUCUGUGAAGAGGGGCUACUUCCAGAAGGCCUUAGGGUCCAGCCCCACCGGCCGCCACCCAGGGAGUUCGGUGUUGGGUUUUCUCCUGUCUAAUAAUUCUGGGGUCCGAGUCAGGCGUUCCCGGGGCAGCUGUCCUGUGAAGUUGGUGGGACGUGCUACCCUGGGCCAGCUCCAGUCUUUGGUGCUGGUGUCCCGCUUGCCCUUUGUCCGGCUGUUCCAAGCGCUGCUAAGCCUCAUCGCCCCCGAGUACUUUGACAAGCUGGCGCCCUGCCUGGAAGCAGUGUGCAGUGAGAUCGACCAGUGGCCGGCGCCUGCGCCUGGGCAGACCCUGAACCUACCUGUCAUGGGCGUUGUUGUCCAGGUGCGCAUCCCAUCCAGGGUGGACAAGUCCGAGUCCAGUCCUCCGAAGCAGUAUGACCAAGAGAACCUGCUGCCAGCCCCAGUGGUUCUUGCUAGCGUCCACGAGCUGGACCUGUUCAGGUGCUUCCGGCCUGUGCUGACUCAUAUGCAGACACUGUGGGAGCUCAUGCUCCUCGGGGAGCCCCUGCUAGUCCUGGCACCCUCGCCCGACGUGUCCUCGGAGAUGGUGCUGGCCUUGACCAGCUGCCUGCAGCCCCUCAGGUUCUGCUGCGACUUCCGUCCCUACUUCACCAUCCAUGACAGCGAGUUCAAGGAGUUCACCACACGCACGCAGGCCCCACCAAACGUGGUCCUGGGAGUCACAAACCCUUUCUUUAUCAAAACACUCCAGCACUGGCCCCACAUCCUCCGAGUCGGGGAGCCCAAGAUGUCAGGUCAGGCUCCCGGAGACCUGCCUAAGCAAGUCAAGCUGAAAAAGCCUUCAAGGUUGAAGACCCUGGACACCAAGCCAGGCCUCUACACCGCUUACACGGCCCACCUCCACCGCGACAAGGCGCUGCUCAAACGGCUGCUCAAGGGCGUGCAGAAGAAGCGGCCGUCAGAUGUGCAGAGCGCCCUGCUGCGGCGGCACCUCCUGGAGCUCACCCAGAGCUUCAUCAUCCCCCUGGAGCACUACAUGGCCAGCCUCAUGCCCCUGCAGAAGAGCAUCACGCCCUGGAAGACUCCCCCCCAGAUCCAGCCCUUCAGCCAGGAUGACUUCCUGCGUAGCCUGGAACAUGCUGGGCCCCAGCUCACCUGCAUCCUCAAGGGCGACUGGCUGGGUCUCUACAGGCGGUUUUUCAAGUCCCCCCAUUUUGAUGGCUGGUACCGGCAGCGGCACAAGGAGAUGGCCCUGAAGCUGGAGGCCCUGCACCUGGAGGCUAUUUGUGAGGCGAACAUCGAGACCUGGAUGAAAGACAAGUCCGAGGUGGAGGUCGUGGACCUGGUCCUGAAACUUCGUGAGAAGCUGGUGCGGGCUCAGGGCCACCAGCUCCCUGUGAAGGAGGCUACGCUGCAGCGGGCACAGCUGUACAUCGAGACGGUCAUCGGCUCCCUGCCCAAAGACCUGCAGGCUGUCUUGUGCCCUCCCUAGAACAGAGCCAAGGGCCACAGUCCCAGGGCCCUAGGUCUGCCUGAGCCUCCCACUCCCCAGUGGUGGCGGCACUGGGCCAAGCACACGCUCCCCUUCCUUGGCCCCCCGCCCAGACUGCAGGCUCCCCUUCCUGCACCACGAUUGUCUCAGCAGUAAAGGCGACAUUUGGAACCACA